GAGAGAGAGAGAGAGAGAGAAGAAUUCCAUCUGCAUUCGCGAUCAAGAGCGAGAGAGAGAGAGUGAGAUGAAUCUCCUCUCGUUCGCGAAGUCGAGUAAUGUCAAUGUUUAUCACCGCGUAAUCGCUGUCAAACGGAACGAGAAGCGGAAUUCGCGCGUCCGUCGACGAUGCAGCCUUUUCCCUUUUUUUUUUUUCUCUCAUCACGAACGGACGAAUCAUCCCCCGCUUCCCUCGCUUACGCUCGUCAGAUCAGUGCUGUACGAUUCCGCGAGAUAUUACUGUCUCCCAUCGCGUUUCUAGAGGCAAACGCGAUCGGGCGGGAUGUGUUGACAGAAGAAAAGGAGUAGAAGGAACUCUUCUAUCGCGAGAGAUCCGCGCGAGCGGGAUCGAUUUUUCGACGAAGUCAAGGAGACCUGACCUGACGCUGCGCGCGUGUGAUACGAGACGUUGAAAGAAUUGGCGACGACACAAAGCGCGCGUCGUCCUUGUAAAUACGUCGACGGAAACUUUGAUUUGAUGCGGGAGAACGCGUCUGAUAAUCGCCCGCGGCUGCGUUGGGAUGCGAGAUUUAUUGUGCGUUAUUAUGCCGCGAGAUGAGAUAGCGCGCGCCUUGGAUGAACGUGGAGGUUUCGCGAUUGACGGAGCAUGGCGAGGUUUCAUUUAGCAGGGAAUAUUUCGCACAAGUUCCUGCACUUUAUAGGAAUAAGGAUGUCGAAGCGGUUGAGUUUUUACGGUCUGGUAGCCCUGGCGUCCAUCUGCAUCUUCUUCCUAGCAUUUAAUCAACGCUACAGCAGCUACCUCGAGCAUCGACUGCAGCCGGUGAUAUCGGAUGUUGAGAUAAGGCCAAGGACCACGAAAAUUCAAGAACCGGUAACGGUAAGCCAGGCGUAUAUUACGGGAUACACGGAAAAUGCUACAAUUACCGAAAUUCAGGAGGUGGUUGAUCAACAAAGAAAGAUGAUUAAAAGGGAAAUGGAAAAUUAUGAAUAUCCAAACGGAAAAUAUGGGGUAAAUGUGAGCAAACUUGAAGAUCUGGUGAUGGAGAAAGAUGGCAGACCUGUGAGAAGCAUAAUUCUGACGAGUUGGCGAAGCGGCAGCACAUUUCUCGGCGACGUGGUGAAUGCUCAUCCGGCUAAUUUUUAUCAUUACGAACCGUUAUUGGAUUAUGGAAUUGUGCAAAUCAGAGAAUCGCCGCUCGCCGAUGAAUCCUUGACGAGAAUUAUCUCUCUGCUGAAUUGCGAAUACAAAGAGCUCGACCGAUAUCUAAAUUAUGGGAAAACUCAUCCUUGGGUUUUUAAUCACAAUACGCACUUGUGGCGGCAGUGCCAGGCGCACAAACGUAUCUGUUGGGAUCCACGUUUUGUUGCCAAGUUUUGUCGGCUCUUUCCAUUCCAAUCGAUGAAACUCGUGCGAUUGAGAUUGCGUGCAGCAGAGAAGCUUUUGGCUGAAGAAGAUUUAGGUGUGCGAUUAGUGCUACUUAUCCGCGAUCCGAGAGGCAUUCUGCAAUCUAGAAAGCAUAGGGAAUGGUGUCCCGCUAAACCCGAUUGUUCCGAUCCAGCUCUGGUUUGUGCCGAUAUGGUGUCGGAUUUUAAUGCGGCGGUAGAACUCUCGAAAAAGUAUCCACGUUCUUUCAGAGUGGUACGCUACGAGGACCUUUCCGUGGAUCCCUACAGACAUGUGAAGGAACUUUACAAUUUUUACGGUUUAAACUUUCAUACGAACGUGAAGAAAUUUCUGGAUACGCACACAAAAAACGAUGUGGGCGGCGUAUCCAGCACCUUCCGGAAUUCUAAAGUUGCGCCAUUUCACUGGCGAGCCGAUCUAGACUUCGAGGAGGUACACGAGAUACAAAGGGUUUGCGCAACCGCCAUGCGAUUGUGGGGAUACGUGAUGGCCUUAAAUUCUACUCACCAAAAAGACUUUGAUCCUAUCACAAAUUAUCGGCUGCAGUUGUGACAGCUGACAGACGACAUGCUCAAUGUAGAUAUGAUGUACAGCGUAUUGGUAUAACGAAUGGCAAUGGUCAGAUAAGAGAGUGCCGUAGUUCAUAUAAGUAUUCAGCGAAAGGUGCUAAUGAUGUCACUCAGGAAGAUAGUAACAAGAAGAAUGAAUGUCGAUUUCAAGAAAGUUUGUCCGAGUCCUAAAUCUCAUGAAACCAAUAAAGCUGUUCCUGCAAAAGGACCGAUGAAAUUGAGAUACGCGUUUGUAGUUCUGAAAUUAUGGACAAAGAUUAAAGGAAGUUUUUUUUAAGAGCCUGAAAUGUGUGACAAAAAUAUAUAAUAUCUAAUCAUAUCGAACGCGAACGUUGCAGAUGUAUUCAAAAUGUUUCUAAAUAUAUUGCAAAUCUUUCGAGAAUAUUUUAUGUC